AUGAAAAAGUACUACCAUUUUGAAAAAAAAAACAAAGUAAUAAUAAUUAGCAUGUAUCGAAAAUCAAAAUUAAAAACAGUUCAAGCGCUAAAAAAAAAGCAUUUUCGCAAUUUACAAGUAUACCACUUAACCAUGUGUAGCAAUGCAAAUUUGUACAACACUUUCGCAAGAAAAUCGUCUUUAAAUGGCAACUUAGCGAAACAGACGUGCGAGCGGUUACCCCGCAAUGGAAACAGAACAACUCCAUUUUCUAAGGUGUUACUGAUAUGCGUCUUGGUCCUUUUAUGUCUAUUGCCCACGUUCACCCAACGAGAAGGCGCUAUUUCCCCAAAGCAACUGAAGAACAAUGCAAGAAGCUUGGCAAUGCAGAGAAUGGGAAGAGAUCCCUGGCGUGGCGGUUCAUCAAGCGUCUUAGACGAUGCUGAGUUUCAAAUGAUCAUAGAAAAGUGGGCCGAUUUUGAGAACAAGAUGAAACAGACAUGGCAAUACAUAGAAUACUAUGAAUAUGAUGCAUGGUUUAAACUCUUAUUUGGAACCUGGUUAACAGGAUUUCUAUUGAUGAACAAUUCAUCCAACAUGGCAAACAUAUUUUAUACAUGGUUAGAUAUGUCCCAAAAAAUGGGAACGAAGCGUAUACAAAAAAAUAUAGAAGAUAACGAUGUUUUAGAUAAGGUCAUCAAAAAAUUGAAACAUAAAGCUUUCAACAAAUUAAUUAGGAACUGGGAUGUCGAAGUAGAAGAUUUCUGGAAUGAUAUCGUGAGAAUGAAGAUGGAAAAAAAUAUGGAGUGGUGUAAUUUUCUAAGAGAAAAAUGUAACGCCUGGAUAAGCUCCCAUUUCAUGUGA